AUGGUGUUGGCUGAUGCUGAGUGCAAUGGCGUUGGCGGGCGGGUGCGAAUGGCUCCAGAAGGUGCUGACUCGUCGGAUAAGGUGACGCCUACACGGAGAUUGGAGUUUGGCAAUGAGUUGCCUGGUGUGGAGUUGGCUGUUGCUAGACGGGCGUGGGAGAAGGAUGUCAUGGCGUUUUUUGUUCCACGGUCGCGCGUCGCGUUUACACGUGACCCACUCCUUGAAUUGAAACUUGAUGAUAGUCAGGAGGGAGUUGAGAGAAGGGAGCGGGGCGGCGUGUCGUCAGUGACGUCAUCGUUGACUGCUGGGAACCCGGUGGAGGUUCUGCAGCAAACCUCUCAGCUCCAAGAGGAUUUCAAUGCUGAGGAAAGGCAUCACUGCAUGGGUGAGUACUCUGAGUGCAAACCCCCGCUAUAUUCUUUUCCGAGAGGUACACUGGAGGAAGAAGAGGAACAAGUUGUCAGUAUUCGUGGCGUUAUUUACCGCAACACUGGCAUGCUUAAUCUUCAUAAUUCGAAGCAAAGUCUGACGAGAAUGGAGCGUGACCUCUCAAGCCCACGCCUUAUUCCUACUCCAGAGAGUCACAUACUUGGGCCUCAAGGUGUGUCUCCGGCUACCACAGAUUGUGCGCCCACUUUAGUUAUGCAGGAGUGUUCGCCAUGUCAAGGAGGAAACACUGUUUGCCUCCGCUCUUGGAACGCUCAGGAGCAGCAGGAUGUGGGGGUUGUGGUUGGCUUCACGGGAUACACAUUUCCAGAAGAUAACGAUGAAGGUUGUGGUAAGGGCGCCUCACUUCCUGAUGUUACUGGUGAAGGCCUUUUAGAUUCGUGUUCCCAAGAUAAUGUGAUGGGGCGUGGAGGGGUAGGUAAAGAAGAGAAGGAAGAUAGUUCAUAUUUGCCGUCAGUUUUACUGGAAAUACGUAAUGGUCGCGGCGUAGAGGAAGAUACUCCAUUAUUUCAUCGAGUCACAGCUGUUAGGCGGCAGGCUGCUGAGGGAUCGCUUUCUACGAUAGGCCCUGCAAGGCCCCAAUACACAGAGGGCAUGCGAGUACAAGGAAGAUGGGGGUGUCAGUGGUUUGACGCAGUAAUUACGGAGGAGGAAAAGAACGGCUACGUGCAAAUUCGCUGGGAUGGAGAUGGUUCCUUAUUGCAUGUCAAACUGCGGGAAAUUCGACUACCGCAAGAGAAAGGGAAGAGAAAUGGUAUGAAGAGAUGGAAUUCCUCGAAGUCAAAUUCUGUCAUGACAGCGACGCAGUUGGUGGAACUUAUGGAGAAUGAGACUUCGCAUAAGCUUUCGUUGAAGGCGGAGUUGGGGUUAACUCCCUUGGACAAAGAUGAAUGGGUGGGUCCCUCGUUUUUCUCACUUUAUGUGACGCCGGCAGCGCAGUCACGCCUAGCGGCAAAAUGUUCUGUUCUCACCAAGCUAAAGGAACGAGGGAUUUUUGUAGUGGAAUCUCCUUUACAACUGGAGCGCAGUCCAUUAAUGUCAUUCACUGGCCAGCGGCGAGCAGGACCGGGCGUGUCUUUUUUUGUCGUUGCCGAUGAGGAUGUGGAGAAAGACGAUGGAAUUAUAGUGACAUUGGCACACGCUAUGGGCCUUUCUGCAAUUUCUCUGAAGUGGCUGGAAGAGCUUGGAACAGGUGUCGCAGAAGAGUAUCAACAUGUGCGUAUUCCCAAACCGAAGGACUUGAUUGGGCAAGGCAGUGACGCGUGUGUGCGAUGGCGGCUGCUUUCGUCGAAGGAAGGGCGGUUUCUUAGCAAGAAGCUGAUCUACCUCACAGGGGACGACGCUGAUGCCACAUUUUUCCUUCAAGUGUGUGGAGGCACAGUUACGCUUCAGCCGCCAAAAGAUGGGGACCCUCUUCCACAUUACGUCUACGUUGCUCCUGGGAAGCGGGCGCAUAUAACUCCGAGUAUGUCGUCUGUGGCAUUGCUAGAAAAGCCAUGGUUGGUGCACCGCAUCCACGAGUUUUUUUUUGCACUUCCCCCAUCGCGGCAUGGUCAAAAUAGCAUAGACGCGAUCAGAAAUUCAAUUCCUGCUAGCCCAGUGUCUGGUGUCAAGCACCCCCGGGAGGAGGAAGAAGAGGAGACAAUGGAACAAAAACUGAAAGAGUCAGAAGCCGUGCCCUCAUCGACGGCAGUUGCAGUUCGAGGGGCGAGUCGGGUGAUGGUUGCCUCGUGUGCUGAGGCGCCACCGGUGUUGGAGGGUGAGGACUACUACUUCCGCAUGCCGCCGGUGAGCAGGCACAAGAGGAGCGCUGGGGGCAAAAAUGAAGCGUUGGUGGUGGAACUGGGGCGCGUGGUACGCCUUGCUGGGGGUGAUGCUGUGACAAUGCGGAUAUACGAGGUGAAGCACCGAGUUUUGCGUCAAAAUCCCCGCACAGGAGCCCUUGAAAAUCAGACAACUGUGUACUUGGGUUUACGCACCGCAAACGUAACGGUGGCGGAUCUCAUCUUUAGCAUCCCUGUCUACGUUGUCGAUGCCUCACAGAUGCAGCACGUUUAUGUGCUUGAAUCUCCCCCAAGAAGUAUAGGUGCAACCGUCGGUGGCGGUAUCGAGAGUCAGCAAAUUCAGGUGAAGAAAACAGAAGAGGAGGAAGUAUCAAACCAGCGGUGUAUGGAUGAUAAAGCUUCUCCUUCUGUGUGCCCCGCUGGACUGUCGUUUGGUUCAGUGCCAGGGGGCGUGCACACAUGCUCUGUCAACCAGGAGAGUCGUGCGCUUAAGGAAAUUGUGGUGAACGGUUGGCAAAUACGUCCUGGCGUCGAUGUAUGGUUUCAUGAUCAUUUUUCCUCUGCGCAGACGGUGAGUUUCACUUCGGAAAGCAGAAGCAAAGGACGUGUGCAAACGAUUCAGUGUGUGGCGACUGGUGUGGUAUUGGUCCUGCAUAGGACAAACUUUAUUGAAGACUCUGACGGGUCCAAAGUGGUCGUGAUAACACCGGACAUGGUGACGGCGUUGGUGUAG